AUGAUGACGUUGACUAUUCGCCCCGACACGACAAGCCACCAAAGAGCACAGUCUGAUUUACCACACCAAGGAUCUCCAGUAUUUUACCAUCCAUCUUCAGGCAACACUCUUACCAUUGGGAGGGACAAUCAGCCCAGAACGCAAAAAUCUGCGGGUUCGCAGAAGGUUGGAAUUCGGUUCGGACCACCACAGCCGGUGAACUGUGAAAAUAACACGAUAGGCCCUUGGAUGAAGUAUGAGGUGAAUCUCGACCGACGAAACAGCCACCCGAUUGCAAUGGACGGAAGGAAGUGCACCGGAUACACGGUUGUCGCAUCCAGCAAUGCGGUUCAAAGGCAGUUGAACGCGUGUGAUGCGAUUACAUUGCUUCUUAUACCUUGUUUGAUUCUUGCCGCCACAGAUGAUAAUAGCACUUCAAUCGAAACCGGAAAUAUUACAUCAGUUGAGCCUGAAGAAAAAAAUCCUAGUGGUUCUGAGCAAAAAGAUCCGAUCGAAGUUGAAAACCAAGAGCCUUCUCGCGAAGGACCGGAUAGCGUACUGAUACCAGCAGUGUCUGGAAAGGCGAAUGUCAACAAUCUUUUUGAUAAUUUUGUCGGUGGCAUAUCUUUGGGAUGUGGUAAUAACAAAGGAAUCAAAACGAAGAAUAUUGGAUUCCCUGAUGAAACGACCGACUAUUUUACGCCGUGCGUCGUUUAUCCGCAUCAAGUGGUGCUUUUGAAGAAGAAAAUGAAAAUCAAAUCGAAUUGUCGACCGAUCAGAUGUACCGGAAGUAUUCGGGUUGCAGGGGCGAAUUUUAGCGAAGAUGUGAAAAAAUAUUCAAUGGAUGGAGUCGCGAAGGUUUUGGAUUUCGAUAAAACGGUCGAAUCGAAGAAAGCAGUUCGCUAUAAGCCUACUGAGCCGAUGUUCGACGCGGAAAUGCCUCAUUUGUGCAAUCAAUUCACAUACGACGACGUCGAAACGCAGCUGGCGAUAUUCAACGAGCCGUAUUGUCAUGUCGAUAUACAAGGCCAGGAGGGCGUUUUCGAACUUGCUGCGCGUUACACCCUGGACAACAAUUUUGGAGUUUUCGAUAUUUAUGGCUCAUUCUAUGGAGAAAAAGAAGAACCUGAUUAUAUUAUAUCAGCGAGCUAUGGAUGUUUCCUCGACUCGUACAAAAUGGAUGGAUUAGAGUAUAAGCAAUGCGAUUUGAGUUGCGAUCGAGGAACCAUACUCAAAUACACAUUCAAAAAAGAUGCCGUUUGGUUUCUUGAGUUCUAUGUGAAACGGAGCACCGAUUUUGUCAAAUUGUGCUUCGAUCCCGAAUUCUUCACCGAUACGAAAAAAAUUCCGAAAUGUCGUCCAGAUCGAAUCAUGACAAUUCUUUUGAGAAAUGGACUCGUCAUUUGGCCGGAUAAUGAUUUGGCGGUUCGAAUGCGAUUCGGAGCCAGUGCUCGAGACAACGUCAAAGAAGGAACCCCAACAUUCUACAAUUUCGCCGUAACUUUUACGCCAUUAAAUGGAAAGAAUCAACUCGGGCUCUUCACAAGAUAUAGACAAAGUUCAUUCACCGGAUCCGAUGGGUACAAUCCGAAAACGUUCCGUCAAGUGGCCGUAUUUCUGCCGUCAGAGGACUCACUUCUCGACAACUUCGGAAUUAUUCCCACCAACAUGGAAGCUGCAAUGACUCUUGUGAAAACAUCAACGAAUGUCAAACGAGUUGAUGCGAGCAAAAAGGUUUUUGACAAAAAAGAAUUGGAGAAGACUUUUAAUCAAUCGGAACGAGAAUUUACCUCAACCAAACCGCCAGCUCCGAUUCCAAAGUCGACGACGGCACCACCAGAAAUCGUCUAUAUCAAAGAUUCGAUUUCUGAGCACUCUCGCGAAUAUUCUAGUCAAUUUAAGAAAGGCAAAUGGCUUUUGUUCGGAAUUUAUCUCGGAUUUGUUAUCGGAACCCUUUUAAUUGUUCUUGUUGGGGGAGCAAUCAUGUAUCUACUCCGACGAACUUUCUAUAGCGUUUGGUAUCGUGCAAUGUUUAAACGUUAUGGUUGCGACGCAUCUGGAACCACAGGAGGGCUGACUGGUGUCGGCUUUGGAGCUGAGAUCACCGGAGCACAAACAGUCGGAGGACAAACAUCGUUGAUAGACAAGUCGACACUGGAAACUUCUGGUGGAACAACAGGUGGAACGACAGGUGGAACGACGGGUGGAACGUCGGGUGGAACAAGCAUGGCAAUUUGA